CUGGGCUUGUAUCUUCUCGGCAAUGCAAUUUAUCAUGUCACGCUGCAUCCGCUAGCGAACAUCCCCGGCCCAAAGAUCUGCGGGAUCACCCGCAUUCCUUACUGGUUGGCUUCGCUCAAGGGCGAGGAUGUCAAGUGGAUGAAGGGUUUGCACGAUCGGUAUGGACCUGUUGUUCGCUUUGGCCCGACAGAUGUGAGCUACACGGCUAGCGAGGCUUGGAAUGAUAUCCAUGGACCUAAAGUUACGGAGAAGGCGCAGGAGUUCUCUGUACAGCCGGUGAACGGCGUUCCUAGUAUGCUUACUACCAAUACUGAGAACCAUACUCGCGUGCGACGGCUAUUUUCACCGGCCUUCUCAGAGCGCGCUUUGAAGCAACAAGAACCUCUGUUCAAGAAGUACUCAGAACUUCUCAUGUAUAAAAUCUCCGAAGUUGGAAACGACGGUGCCAAACCAGUUGAGAUGACGCAACUGCUCAACUUCACGACCUUUGACGUAAUGGCCGAGUUAUGCUUCGGACACCCUCUUAAUCUUCUAGCACAGAACGAAUACAGCCCUUGGGUGAGGUCCAUCUUCGAAUCUCUCAAGAUGUUACCGAUUGCAUCUAUGAUCAACUACUACCCCAUUCUCAAUGCGAUAUUCACACGUUUUGAACCAAAGUCAGUUACACAACAGCGCGUCACGCAUUGCAAACACUCGGAAGAUCGUGUGAAUCACCGUUUGGAGAAUGGUUCUGAUCAGCCUGAUGUUUGGAACUUGGUCAUGUCGGCAAAGGAGGACAAGGGACUUACACUUCAGGAAAUGCACUCUAAUGCAGAACUGUUCAUGCUUGCUGGAUCUGAGACGACUGCUACACUGCUGAGCGGUUGCCUUUAUAACCUGCUUACCUACCCCGAGAAGAUGAAGACACUGCUCGAAGAGAUUCGCGGCAAGUUCACGAAUACCGAAGACCUUACUUUCGAACGCCUUGCCGAACUAAAGUACAUGAAUGCUUGUCUGAAGGAAGCCCUUCGUGUCUACCCCCCAGUUCCCAUCGGAAGUCCACGAGUCGUUCAACCAGGCGGCCAGCAAAUCCUGGGCAAGUAUAUCCCACCAGAGACGCGUGUAUCAGUCCACCAUUACUCCACAUACCACUCUGAGUCAAACUUCAAGGACGCCGAUACCUUCGUGCCGGAGAGAUGGCUCAAGACGGAUUCGAAGUAUGCUGGAGAUAUGUGGGAGGCUCACCAACCCUUCGGAUUUGGCCCUCGGAACUGUCUUGGCCAGAACAUGGCUAUGCAUGAGAUGAGGCUCAUUUUAGCGACAUUUCUGUUUAAGUAUGAUCUUGAGUUGUGUGAGGAGAGUCGGAAUUGGGUGGAUCAGAAGUCUUUUGCGUUGUGGAUCAAGACUCCGUUGAUGAUGCGGGCGAAGCCUGUUGCUACGCACACCAGGCUUAAUAUCUGA